AUGUCCGCCCCCCCGCCCCCCGAAUGCCAGGCGGAGGUGACCCCCUCGCCGGGGGGCUCCGGCUCCUUCAGCUACAGCCUGGAGGAGCACCCCAAAGCCGCCCUGGCCAUCAUGAACCAGCUGCGCUUGGAACGCCAGCUCUGCGACGUCACCCUCCGCGUCCGGUACCGUCACGACGUUCCCCCGGCCGAUUUCCCCGCUCACAAAAUCGUUUUGGCGUCGUCCAGUCCUGUUUUUAAAGCCAUGUUUACGACGGGGUUGCGGGAACGAGGGAUGGAAGUGAUUCCCAUCGAAGGGAUUCACCCCCGGGUGAUGGAGAGGUUGGUGGAAUUCGCCUACACGGCCUCCAUUUCGGUGGGGGAGAAGUGCGUCCUUCACGUCAUGAACGGCGCCGUCAUGUACCAGAUCGACAGCGUCGUCCGCGCCUGCUGCGACUUCUUGAUCCAGCAGCUUCACCCCAGCAACGCCAUCGGCAUCGCCAACUUCGCCGAGCAGAUCGGCUGCCUGGAACUGCACCAGAAGGCCCGCGAGUACAUCUACAUGCACUUCGGGGAGGUUUCCAAACAGGAGGAAUUUUUCAACCUCUCCCACUGCCAACUGGUGACGCUGAUCAGCCGGGACGAGCUCAACGUCCGCUGCGAAUCCGAAGUUUUCCACGCCUGCAUCAACUGGGUGAAACACGACUGCCCCAACCGCCGCCUCUACGUCCAGGCCCUGCUCCGCGCCGUCCGCUGCCACUCCCUCACCCCGCACUUCCUCCAGAUGCAGCUCCAAAAAUGCGAAAUCCUCCGAGCCGAUUCCCGCUCCAAGGAUUACCUGGCGCAAAUUUUCCAAGAUUUAACUCUUCAUAAACCCACCCAGGUUUUACCCUGUCGGACCCCCAAGGUGGGCCAGCUCAUUUACACCGCCGGCGGUUAUUACCGGCAAUCUUUGAGUUAUUUGGAAGCCUACAACCCUCGGGAUGGAUCCUGGAUCCGUUUAGCCGAUCUCCAGACUCCCCGGAGCGGUUUGGGGGGUUGCGUGGUGGGGGGGCUUUUUUACGCGGUGGGGGGACGGAAUAAUUCUCCCGACGGGAACACGGACUCGGCCGCCAUCGACUGCUACAACCCCAUGACCAACCAGUGGUCGCCCUGCGCCCCCAUGAGCGUCCCCCGCAACCGCAUCGGGGUGGGGGUGAUCGACGGGAUGAUUUACGCCGUGGGGGGGUCGCACGGCUGCAUCCAUCACAGCAGCGUGGAGAG